CUCGCGCCUAUAAGACGCAAGCGGAUGCGUCUGCAGAAUCCAGAUAUUAUCUACUACUCCUACUACUGCUACUCACUUCAAGAUCAAAUCAAGAUUGGAUGUUCCUGUGGUUGUGGUUCACGCCUUGAAUAAGCGCCCGCCAGUCGACGUCCCGCCGCUUAUCUAUCUGCAUUCCACUCGCUUUAUCAUCGCCGCCUCCUCCUCUCCUCCACUUCUAUCUACCUUCUACUCUACCAUCAACCUUCUCAACUCAACUCUUACCUCCACCAUAUUCUAACAACCACCAACACAAUUAACACAAUUAACACAAUUAACACAAUGAACACAAUGAACACAAUGAACACAAUGAACAUGAACACAUCACCUCCCCAAUAUCUCACCUCCUCUCCCUCCUUCGGCGCCCGUCGGUCCUCGGCCUCGUCUCGCCCAGCUCUCACUCUGGACCUGACCAACCUGCCACCGCUCUCUCAACCCACGCCUCCCUCUAACACUCUCAUCAUCACCGAUCUCAACGACCUCGUCCUCUUCCAACCCAACUCCCUCGCUACUCUCCGCGCCUACCUCGAAUCUCUCGCGCCCCUCAACUCGUUCUCUCCCCUCCCCUCUCUCCGUCGAAUCGUUUGCUCCUUCCACACGGACUCCGACGCUCUCCGCAUCCGCAAACUCCUGACCGGCGCACCGCUCCUGGACCGUCCCGUCCGCCCGAAGGUCUACUUCGGCGAACCCACCCCCAUCCUCGCCGACAUGGAAUCGCGCCCCAAGCUCCUCGAGGCACCUCAAAUUGACAAGCUCUUCUUCAUCAGCCCGCCCCCGUCUCCACCCCACGGCUGGGUCAUGCGCCAGGAGGACCCCCCGAACAAGGAAGUCCACGCCAGCGAUCUCGCCCACGCUCUCGCAAAGCUGAAGACCGAGCAGUCCGGUGCGGAGGUGGAGCCAGUCCCAACGGCCAUGGCCUCCAUCGAACCCGGGACCCCCAUGUCCAUGACCUCUGAUAAGAGGACGGGGAGCUGGCCCGUGGCCCUGUCACAGACCCGCAGUCGGAGCAGCACGCUAAUUUACCACCCCGAGGACCACGGGGGCAGCCCCAACCUGCCGGCCGUCAUGGUGGAGGAUACGAGCGCCUUCCCUGAUGAGGAUAUGGACAUGGAUGUCGAUAUGAGCCCGAUUGAGAUGCCGGUUAAGAAGAUGCCGCCUAAGACGUCGCGGCCACCGGUGGAGCUGAUGGAGGGGAUCUGAGCGCAGUGUUCCACUGCCUUCUUUCCUUUCUAUCGGCUUUUGAGUGUUAUUUAUUUGGCCUUAUUGUACAGUCUGGCGCGCGGGGGUGUUUCUACUAUUACUUGGCGUGCGUGGGAUGCAUUGUUUUUUUGGGCCAUUAGGGUUUGCAGUUAACAUUGAUGGCGUUUCUCUUGGGAUGGGAGAUUGUCUUGUGCGCAUACAUACAGCAUUGGUUAUGAAGCAUAUUUCAGCAUCGUUGGCUUGGUUUUCUUAAUUUCUUUUCAUCUGUGAUCGAUUCUACAGGCCGGUCGGUAUACAUAGUGGCAUACAUAAAAUGGACCUCCCCUUUUCAAA